AUGGCGCUCGUGGGCCUCCAUGACCUCACUCACAAACCUCUCUCUCCUAAUUAUUCCCAGGAUCUCUUGCUUUGGGAGACCCCUGAAAUCCUCAACGAUCUGACUGCUUCAGGUCACAAUCUCCGGGCCACGGAUGUUCCUCCUCUGCCUAAGAAUCGUCACGCCACGUGCGGUAAACACAAGGAGGAGAUGAUAAGACAGCUCCGAGAACUAGCGAGAACCGAGUCGAGCUGUCUGAAAUAUAAAACCGUAGAUGGAGAUGCUGAUCUUGACGCCGGAUUCCAGUUCCUGUCACCGGAAAAAGAUGAUGAUUUGUUUUCUACAUGCCUUGAGGUGAGUGGACUGAAAUGGUUCGAGGAUCAAGAGGACUUCACAGCAUACUCUUCUCUGCAAAAUAACUUGUUUGAGUCAGAUCAUAACGAGAACCGGAGAGGCGGCCCUCAUGCGCAAGAGCAAGAGCAAGAGUCAUCGGUGAUGGUUCCGGUUUGCACGGCUACAAGAUCAAUGUUGUCGACGCUGCCUUGCCAUGAGAUGAGCACUCUUGACAGAAACUCUGCUCUCUCUCGCUACAAAGAGAAGAAGAAAUCGAGAAGGUACGAGAAGCACAUCAGAUAUGAAUCACGCAAGGUUCGUGCAGAAACCAGGACAAGAAUCCGGGGACGUUUUGCUAAGUCAGACCAUCCUUGA